AUGUGCCGAUCUGGGGCUUGCGGAGAUGGCGAAGACGGCGAGAAAUCAUGGGACACAUCCCUGAGGCGGAUCUUCAACACCGUUCUUGACGACUGUGCCAGCUUGCGAAACGUCCUCUCUGCUGACGAGGAGGACGGCGCAUGUAGUCCGAAGGAAUCGUUCCUCUGCAUAUUGGUUCGGAAUGCGCUAUGCAUCACCAGACGAGAUCUGGUUGUAGACGAAGAGGCUCUGGUUGCGUUGCCUCGACAUUGGAGUGGGGAGCUGAGCCCUCUAUUCCGCUACAUGAGUACUCGCGUCUGCGCCCCCCUGCUUGUGUCUAUUUGCGCAGAUGUCCCCGUGGAUUCACCAACGCUCGUCCCACAAGACGAGUAUCGAAGCGGCGGGUCUGUGUCGACUAGACGCGUGGGUAGUGGCGGCCACGAGGAUGUUCGAAAGAGCACCACAUGCUCAUCUCGCGGUAACAGCGAGGCUGCUGAAAGUCCGGGCCCAAUCGAACAUCCUGAUUCUCUGCCGGUUCAUAUCGUGCCGGAACGCGAUCUAUCGGUAUCAGAAUGGCUCCGACGUCCCGUCGUGAAGGAAAUAGUCUACGAGCAGGACACUGAAGAUGAGGAAGCAAGCGAGGAUCAACGAUGUCUUUCCGAGCUCAACUUGCAUGUGCUUGACUGCCCGCGAGACCGGCCACUCCCCGUCGAUGCUGCACUGCCUAUUGUGUGCAUGGCCGAAGGGGACGUGCUACCUGUCAUCAUGGCUAGUGCGUUGUAUCAGCGGCAUGUCUGGCGUGUUCAGGAGCCACUAGUAGGAAUCUCAUUCAAGCGAUAUGAUACCUCGAUUUCUUUCCUUUUGGGGUGGAUUGAAGCGGCGAAGGGCGAUGGCCAGCAUUAUCUACCAAACAUCGACCUAGCGAAUCCGGAGUGCGUGCUGAUUGUCACGCAGUUCUUCCUCCAUCUCCACGGCUGCAUCGCAAACAUCCAGAACAACAUCGCGUUAUCACGAUCAGUACUAGCGGAAGAGCUCCGGGGAGAACGUCUUGUCCGCUGGAGGGUUGACUCAGCGACUGCUUCCGAGGAUGAGGACUGUAUUGGGGACCCUGAAGAUCUUGUCUCGGUCUGGCUGCAUGGCCUGGAAGACUCCGAGACGUUUUCGAAGGCUUGCCUCCUGUCCCGUUUAUCAGACACUCUGAUGUCCGACAUCUGCGAGUAUACGAUGUCAUUUUACUGGCCUCAGGUCUGGGGUUCGCCGGACGACAUUCCCCCAGUCGAUGCAAAUGUAACAUACCUUCUUGCUGAGUUCAAGUUACUGGUGGAGUCCCAUCAGAAAGCGAAACGACCCACACUUGAUACUCUACGCGAGAGGAAGUCCUACAUGCCCCAACAGAACCAGGAGUCUUUCAAGGCUCAAAAUGUACUUUGCCUAUUCAGUGAAGGUUCCUCUGAGUCUGUGCUCUGGAAACAAGUGGACAAGCUUCUUGUUGGCAGUCUCUCGACGAUACUCAACACAUGUUCAUUGGCGCGAGGUCGAGUCCAAGCUGGAAUACCUCUAAAUGAAGCGAGCUGGCGACAUGAUCUCGAUCGUAUUUUUUUCGAUUUUCUCGCCACUGCCACCAGUCCUGUCGCACAAUCCGACAUGGAUGAGCAAGAUAAUACCAAGGGGCAAUGGAAAGUACAUGCGAUCUUGGAGUGCAUGAUUGCGCUCCCUCGAAGUGUCUACGGUGGUUACAAUUUGGAGGAUCGCGGGGAUCGCGAGUCUAUCAAGCAAGAUGCACGGAGAUUUGUCAAUACUGUUGAUGAUCUCUUUCGCGCUGACUGGAAAGACUUGGACGAGAACAAGGAGACUGUAGAGAGGGACAUCCAUCGCGGGCUGAGCGUACUUUGGGCGCAAUGGCGAGAUACACUGACGCCUGACAGCAUCAAGGAACGACUGGCCAUAAGUCCCACCCAGGCAAAAUGCGAUGCAGUAGGUCUUCUGCGCAUGCCAGUAUGCCUAAACCUAGACAAGAAGACUUUUGACUCGUACAAAUUCAUAAAGUCACUGUCGGCCCUCAACCCAUCUCCAUCACCUGCUCUAGGCACUGGGGACAGCCUUCAGCCUGCCAAGAAGAAAUCCAAUACGACAGCCCUUCCAUCCAAGUCGAGUGUCAUUAAUUACAUCACAUUCAACUCCGCUGUACGCGAAACCUCGACACCGUAUAGAACUUCCCAGGAAACUAAUCAGGUAUCAUCCGAAAAAUCUGACAGGGCCGGUCUGGAAGAACAAAUGAGCAAGCUGCAGAUGAAACACUUACCUCAAAAGACUGCACGCUCAGGGCGGCGUGACAAGCCUGAGGAAACAUCCUACCUCGAGCUUCCACUAAUUCUUGUUGAGUAUAAGCGGCCCACAACGUCAUGCGAGCAGGGCCAAAACCAGCGACGCCUAUACUGCACCUCUGCAGCACGAUUUUUGGAGGCGAUCGGCAUCGUCGAGUUUCCAAUCUUUAGUGUUCUCUCCGAUGGCCCGUAUACCGUACUUGCUACUACCUGGGUCAAAGACGGCAUUGUACAGAUCUUCGAACGGCACAUGGUGUCGUUCGAUGUCUCCAACCCACUCGGCGCGUGGCAUUACGCCACUGUGAUGGCGCGCAUUGCCGUCUUCUGGGGCACUGCAUUGGGAGACUAUUUUGUAAAGGUGCAGGGUCAAUUUGAAAAAGAUGCGAAGGAGGGCGAUCGGAAGUUGCAAUGGACACAGACCCACCAGGCGUUCCAUCACAGUGCGACGACGGCUCCGAAGGCUCCACCGGAGACCACUGAGAAUGCGACCACGACGUCCGGUAGUUAA